AUUACCAGUGUCACGCAGUCACGCUAAUCGCUAACCCGGCUAACCCUAACCCCAUUUUAUUUAUGUUUAGCUGUGGUGAUCUGGUGAUGUGUUGUGGAGUAUAGAACAUCCUUUUCCGCUUUUAUUUGAUGAUAUUUCUUCAGUUACAUAAUGGAUUUUUCGGAUAAUAUACCCAAGGACUUGUCCGAUGAAGAAAUGGUAACAGAAUAUCUCAAUCAGUGCGCCCUUUAUACAAAUCAGGAUGAACGAAUUGCAAAUUUCCACAAAAUUCAGGAAAUAUUGCUGAGAAAGUCUCCCCACUUGUUAGUUAAAUUUCUCCAGGAUGUGCUAAAUUUUACAACAGAUAAAAAUGCCUCUAUAAAGAAAGCUUUGGUUGGAUUUAUAGAAGAGCUAUGUCGUGUACAUGAAGUCUUCAUACCAAGAGUCAUGAUGCCUCUACAUAUGCUGCUUUGUGACGAAUCUAUACCAGUACAAAAACGUGUGAUACAAGCUGCAAUUGGCAUUUAUCGCAGGACCCUAUCAUGGUUAUGUAAAGCACCCACUUGUACUGAGGAUAUGGAGCAAGCCUGGAAACAACUCAGCACUAUAAAGCUAGAAAUUGCUAAUAUGAUAGACAGUGAUAAUGAUGGCAUAAGGACAAGUUCUGUGAAAUUCUUAGAAUGUGUGGUUCUUCUACAAACAUAUCCAGAUGAAACUGAGAAUAAAAGAUCUAAUGAUUUCUCUUUAGAUGAUGUACCUCUGACGUUGAAGGUUGCUAGAAGGAGGAGGCUGGAAGAAGAGGCCAGCAACCUUUUCGAGAUUCUCGUUAAGUUCCACAACUCUCCCCACAUUAGCAGCGCCAAUCUGUUGGCAUGUGUAGGUGUAUUGACAAACAUCGCAAAAAGUCGCGCCAUGUUCAUGGAGCGCGUUGUAGAUGCUAUAGAAUCACUUUACUUCAAUCUACCACCUACUCUCACUACUACCCAAGUCAGCUCUGUAAAGAAAAAAUUGAAGACCGAAUUGACCAGUUUGAUGAAAUAUCCUGGAGCGUAUGAGUUUGUUGGGAGGAUUAAUCCAAUUCUACAGGAGUUGGGAUGUUCUCAGCAAGAAAUCAACAAGAUGAUACCAAAGGCAGACGAAAGACGUAAAUAUAACAAGAGAAUGUUGUCAUCUGAGUCUCUGAUUCAUCAGAGUGCUAUGAAAAGGCGCUUAGAACAUGAACCUAUGGACGCUGAAGAUGUACCGGUUGAAUCGCAACUAACACCUCAAGAGAUCAACGAGCAAUUUAUAAUGGAGAACCUCACAUUGGAGAAGGCAGUAUAUUUAAUAGUAACCAAUAUUCCGAAGCUACCGCCGACGUUACCUCCCGAUUUUGUUCGUGACUAUGCAGAUUUUGUCACGAGUGGCAACAUUGGAAAGGUGCAUGUAGCCAAUGUUAUGGCGGCGCAGUUCACGGAGGCCGGCGUGGGACCUGGAGCUAAGGUAACACAACCAGCAGCUGCUGCUGAAGAGAAGGAAAAAAGUCCGCCCGCACCUCCAGAAAUAUCAAGUAGGAAGAGAGAAAGAGAAGCUGAUGCAAAGGAUGAUAGAGAAAAGCCUCCAUCGAAAAAAGAAAAGAUCAAAGUUCAACGCAUCAAGACCUUGAAGCUAGCUGACAUUACCAAGCCUUUGGAUAAACGCACUAAAGAUCUCUUAUUGAUCAAUUCCGUGAAAAGGAUGCUGACACCCCAUAAAUCCACCAAUAAGUUGCUCCAUCAGAAAAUCAUUACGACAAUGGCGACAUCUUUUAACUCUGCUGUCAAGGAGACCAUCUUGUCGCACUUGCUCUCGGACCUUAGAUCCAAUGUAGAUAUCGCGCUCGCCUGGCUUUUUGAAGAAUAUAGCGUAAUGCAGGGUUUUUCGAGGAUGCCAACUCUUAGAAAAGAGAGCAAACCAGAGGAUAGCUAUAAUAUGCUGCUGUGCAGCUUCAUAAAUGUAUCCACUACUGAUGUAUUGAUAUUGUCAAGGUUGAUGCUUGAAGCGCCAUUGAUAACAGAUGAUGCGUUAGACGAAGUAAGAGCUGUUUGCAGGGAUGAAAGAAGAUCAGGUUGGGCAUUAGGCUUAUUAAAGGAUCUUACAGUCCGGAAGCCUCCAAAACAGCUGUUGUUCCUUAAUGCCCUUUUGUCAUACACAACUUAUGAAGUAGCAGCAGUACGUGACAACGCCAUAGGGCACGUAUUGGAAUUACAUAGCCGGUCAGACCUACGGCCCGUGAUAGAGGAAUUCGCUCGUAUGAAUCUGGAAUUCCUGAAGCUGCCUAAACCACCAGAAAGCUUAUGUGGUGUAAACCAGGGCCGGCUCAAGAGUGAAACAUGGGGAGAUGACUUUAUAAGAGCCUGCUUGUUACCAUAUAUAUCAUUGUUGCCAGCUAAUCAGACUCUCGUUCAUGAUCUUGCUAAGGUUUAUGUUGAGACCUCAGCGGAUAUCAAAAGGAUCAUACUCAGGUUAAUAGAAAAUCCGGUGAGAACAAUGGGAAUGGACUCACCUGAAUUGCUGAAACUCGUUGAACAAUGUCCAAAAGGCUCCGAAACUCUCGUAACCAGAGUCAUACAUAUUUUGACAGAUAAAACUCCUCCCUCUGUACAUUUGGUGGAAAGAGUCAGAGAUUUGUAUACCACCAGAAUAUCCGAUGUUAGAUUCUUGAUUCCAGUACUAACCGGACUUACUAAACAAGAGAUUAUUUUAGCGUUACCGAGGCUGAUCAAGCUGAACCCUGUAGUAGUAAGGGAAGUAUUCAAUAGGUUAUUGGGUCUUCAUGGUGACAGUCCCAUCACUCCUACAGAAUUAUUAGUUUCACUACAUUUGAUUGACCCCAAUAAAGCUGAUCUGAAGACUGUCAUUAAAGCCACAUCUAUGUGUUUGCAAGAGAAGCAAGUAUACACCCAGGAAGUGCUAGCGGUAGUACUUCAACAACUGAUGGAUCAACCAACUAUUCCCACAUUGCUAAUGAGAACAGUCAUACAAGCACUGGGUAGCUAUCCUCGACUCUCUGGCUUUGUUAUGAAUAUACUACAAAGACUGAUCCUGAAAAAAGUGUGGAGUCAAAAAGUUGUAUGGGAAGGCUUCAUAAAGUGCUGCCAGCGUACCCGACCUCAGAGUUUUGCUGUGUUGAUGCAGCUGCCUCCACCUCAGCUUACCGAGGUCCUUCAACAGUGUCCUGAUCUGAGGCAGCCGUUACAUGAUCACUUGAUGUCUUUCACUGAGGCGCAACGCGUUCACAUACCAAAACCAAUACAGGAUAUCGUCAUACUUGGGCUUCAGCAACAUCCGACCCAACCAUCAGUUGCUGGGGCGCAUGAUGAUGUCGUCAUUGUUAACCCUACUCCUACAGAAUCUGCACCACCGGCUCUAUCUGCAGUACAGUCUGAACCGCUACCACCAGGGAUGGACUAAGAAUAAUCUUUUUAUAAUAUUUUACAUGUUUGUAAAUGCAUAUUGUCAAUUAAAAGUUUAAUUCGAUACUACGUGUAAUUGAAAUAACUUAUGAAAUACGUGUGUCACGUGUUACAAAGCUUAAUAAACACAUUACCUGUAAUCGUAUUUUGACUACUGUGUUAUAAAGACAACACCUUUAAUGCAGAAUUUUACGAGAAUGUGCUUAGUAAGUUUGUGAAUUCAAUUUCACCAGACUAUUGUAUUUCCAUUAAACCAUCC